CCAGAGGGCGCCAGCGCGGGUUCAUUAUUUCUAUCAUUAGCACUCAGAAGUGUUUGUCUCUGACGGCUGCUCCUCCUCCUCCUCAGCUGUGAUGUCUGCGCAGGAGUGAUGGUUUAGCACAGCGGUCAGCCGCGGCCGAGCGUGGAAUGUUACGCUGGACGGUGCACCUGGAGGGCGGCCCGCGGAGGGUCAACCACGCGGCUGUGGCGGUCGGACACAAGGUCUACUCCUUCGGAGGAUACUGCUCCGGAGAAGACUACGAGACCUUGAGACAGAUUGACGUGCACGUCUUCAACACGGUGUCUCUGCGCUGGACGAAGCUACCACCGGUGCGCACCGGAGGAAGGGAGCACGCUCGGGAAGUGCCCUACAUGCGCUACGGACACACGGCGGUGCUGGUGGAGGAGACGGUGUUGAUCUGGGGCGGCCGGAACGACACAGAGGGCGCGUGCAACGUGCUGUACGCCUUCGACGUCUCUCAGCACCGCUGGUUCACUCCCAAGAUCUCCGGGACGGUCCCAGGUGCCAGAGACGGACACUCGGCAUGUGUUCUGGGAAAGGCGAUGUACAUCUUCGGUGGAUACGAGCAGCUGGCUGACUGUUUCUCCAAUGAGAUUCACAAGCUGGACACCAGCAGCAUGUGUUGGUCACUAGUGAGUGCCCGGGGCACUCCGGCUCGAUGGAGAGACUUCCACUCUGCUACCAUCAUCGGCACCAAGAUGUUCGUGUUUGGAGGAAGAGCGGAUCGAUUUGGUCCUUUCCACUCCAACAAUGAGAUCUACUGCAAUAAAAUCAAGAUCUUCGACACGGAGACAAACUGCUGGCUAAACACACCGUCUGCACAGCUGCUGCCCGAGGGACGCAGGAGCCAUUCUGCCUUUGCCUACAAUGGAGAAUUGUACAUAUUCGGUGGUUAUAAUGCUCGUUUGGAUCGACACUUCAACGACCUCUGGAAGUUCAAUCCAGAGGCGUUCUCCUGGAAGAAGGUGGAGCCCAAGGGCAAAGGCCCGUGUCCCAGACGGAGACAGUGCUGCUGUAUGGUGGGAGAUCGCAUUAUCCUCUUCGGAGGAACCAGACACACUCAUGACUUGUUUAAGUGUGUCUUCUGUGCGAUCCUGACUGAAGCGAGUGGCUUUUAUCCUGAGGAAUCUGAUGCUGUCACAGUUGUGUGAGGUGUUAUGAACACGUGUGCAGACAGGCCUGCGGCUCAGCAGUCAGAAUCAAACCCCUGGAGUCCUGAAGCGCAUCCUGAACGAGCUGUAUAUUGAGGAAGCAGCGGCUCACCUGUGGUCCCCAGACUCCCUGAUGAUAGUCUGCUAGCGGUGUAAUGAGCUGGCUAACAGAGCUUUAUCAGACGCGCUCUUAUCCUGGGUCCUGCGGUGAAGCUCGGAUUAUCCAUCAGUCUGCUCCACAGCGGCACAGAGAUAGCAUCGGACGCUCGUCGUUAGACGGCUCAGCGCACGGCAUUGUGGGAUGCUGACUGAGGAACACGAGGAGGUUUGAGCAGCUCUGCAUCAGACGUCAAGCAGCAGGCGUCCAGCGCUUUUCACA